UCCCAAUUUUAUUGGAUCAUGGUGCUAAUGUGAACAUGCAAGAUAACAUGGGAGCAACAGCCUUGCAUCGUGCUUCUUCCAAAGGGAAUGUGAGAGUAAUGGUUAGGCUUUUACAGUGUAACAUGUGUUCUGUUAACAUUCAGGACAAGGAAGGCAAUACUCCUUUACACCUGGCAUGUGAAGAGGAGCGGCUGGCUGCUGUGCGAUUACUCUUGGAGCACAAUGCUAGCACAAGCAUGGUCAACAAAGCAGGAAAAUCUCCCCUACAGAUGACAAAUACUUCUCUCCGACAUCUUACACACAUGAAUGAGCUCUGAUGUGUCUGGUUAUUUGGUUGAAAAUGGGGGAGCCAAGUUGUAGGAGUUUUUAUUAUUUAUGAUCUCAGAAACAGUCAAAGUGUUUUACAUCUGCAAUGCACUUACAUAAUUCUUUUGAAGGACAUUACAAAGUUUUAGAACUGAAAAAUGGUAGUUGUAGAUUUUGUAAAAUUCAGAGCCCAUUUUAUUAUUUGCUUUGAAAAGUCAUUAUUUACAAUAGACUGUGCAAAGAUUCACUUAAAUGCGAUAAGGUAAAGUGAGUUUAUUCAAGGAAGCUUUUCCAGAAAAGGAUAGAUUAUUAAGAUUAAUUUUGAAUGGUGAUAUUAUUAGGUGAAAUAUGAUUAUGCAUUUAACAUGUAAAUGUGUAAUUCUGUUUAAACGGAUAAACAUGUAAGACUCUAUUGCAUAUCAUUAUCCUUGAUUAAUUUCCUAUCAAGAACAGCAGCAGGGAUAAACAUCACUCGGAUUAAUUUAGAAGUGGUUCCCCUAAUUACAAUUUAUUUUGCUAAUCUGUGUUUUUCCUUAAGCUUA